GUACAAUUAAUCGUGUUUAUUUGUAUUUAAAACAAUCAGAGUGAUUAAAGUGAUCAACCAGAGAGAAGCUUUAAUUGUCAUGAUCAAUUUAAUUGUCUCUGUAUCAAAAUUAACAAAUUGUGACCCUGCAAUCAUUUCAAGGUUUAACUUAGAGUGCAAAACCAAAGUUAAUUGUUUACCAUCAGCUGUUUAAUAUUUAAACAAUGACAUUGAGGAAAUUGAUUAACAAGCAAUGAAAGCAAAUCAAUCGUCACAAUUAAUGAUGAGACAAUUAAAUUUACCUUUAAACAUAAGGGAUUAUGAAAAAAUCGAUCGAUCCUUAAAUCUAAUUGUUGACUUAUUAACGAUUAUUAACAAUGAUUAAAUUGUUUUCUUAGAUUCUCGUUAUGAUUAUUAAAGAAUUGAAGUGGAAACAAUUAAUUUUAAUCAUUUGGUUAUCGUUGAUUUGGACAUCGAAUGGUCAAAUAAUCAGUUCGACGAUUACAUCGUUCAGAGAUGCGAGGAUUGGUCUUGCUAAACAUUUUCUAUCUCAGCUGAAUACAAAUUAUCUAGACGAAGAUGAAAACCCCGAUGAAGAUCAAACAAAUCGAAAUUCAUUUGGUACCAUUGUUGCGACUUCGAUGGGACCAGUGUCACUUCCUUAUUCCAUCGAUUAUACCGACAAACUCAAUGUCAAUCUGACUUACGAUUAUAUUAUAGUUGGUGGCGGUUCGGCUGGAUCGGUUUUAGCUGCUCGAUUAACCGAAGAUUUAUCAGUUCGAGUUUUGUUAAUCGAAGCUGGUGGAAAUGAAGAUCUUUUCAGUACAACACCGGUGUUUGCAUUUCUCCAGCAGAAAACACAAAAAGAUUGGGCCUUUCAAUCAACUCCUCAAAAAUAUGCGGCAUUUGGGCUGAAAGGUAAUCGAAUCCCUGCUCCACAAGGUAAAGUUGUCGGCGGAGGGUCAAGUAUAAAUUAUUUACUCUUCGUUCGAGGUAAUAGACUAGAUUACGAUCGCUGGGAGGAAUUGGGUGCCAAGGGUUGGAAUUAUUCUUCUCUCUCACCUUACUUUCUAAAAAUGGAAGGGUCAAGAGAUUCCGAAGGUGACCCAGGUUAUCACGGAACUACUGGACCGAUAACUGUGACACCUCUCCAAAAACCGUUUCCCGUCGAUAAGGCUUUUAUCGAGGGUGUUUCUCAGUUAAAUUUAACUCUAGGCGAUUAUAAUGGUGCCGAGCAAGAGAGAUGGCAGUAUACAAGGUUCACUAUUCGUGAUGGUCGAAGAUGUUCAGCUGGCCGUGGGUAUUUAGGUCCAGCUUCACAUCGAUCAAAUUUACAAAUUUUACUCCACGCAACGGUAACUAAGAUCACUUUCGAGAAUAAGGUGGCCACUGGUGUAGAGCUGAUAACUCGUGAUGGUAAAGAAUAUCAAGUUCUUGCAGGACGGGAGGUCAUUCUAGCAACGGGUGCUAUUAACACUCCAAAGCUUCUCAUGCUUUCAGGAAUUGGACCUCGAGAUCAAUUAGAUAAAUUUGGUAUUCCAAUUGUUCAUGAAUCUCCAGGAGUCGGAGCUAAUUUGCAAGAUCAUCCUUUCAGUUUCCAAUUUUUUACCACCCGGUUUGGAACAAGUCUAGUGUUGCCCCGAGCGACCACUGCCCUUAGUUUCGCCCAGUAUUCACUGUCUCAAACAGGGUCACUUGCAUCACCUGGACUGGACAUUAUCGGCUUCUGGAAAAGCCCAUAUUCACCCGAUACUAGACCCGAUAUUCAAAUUCAUCAAUUAGCUUAUAUCGCCGGAGGGGCUUUUCCAGAUCUUAUUUUAGGUCCCAUUUUCAACUUCGACAAUGAAGUUUUAUACAAGUAUUUGCUUCCAUAUUCUGGUUCAGAUGGAACCAUGUUUGCCGUUACCUUGGUUCGACCUCGAAGUAUUGGCUCAGUUACUUUGGCCUCUGGGGAUUAUCGAGAUGAUCCAAUUGUUGACUAUAACAUGUUCGCCGAUAGUCGAGAUCUUGACGCUCUGGUCGCAGGCUGUAAACUCGUUUUGAACAUAACUCAAACUCCAGCGAUGCAAGCGAUUGAUACGAAAAGUUUUAGUUCCCAAUUGAAAGAUUGUAGCAAAUAUCAACUCAAUUCUGAUGAAUACUUGAGGUGCUCCAUUCAAACGAUGUCCUUUACCCUUUAUCAUCCCACUGGUACCGCUAAAAUGGGGUCACGAGAUGAUCCAAUGGCAGUCGUUGAUUCCAAUCUUCGUCUCAUUGGUGUAGAUAGAUGCAGGGUAGUUAAUAGCGCAAUUAUGCCAGAGGUUCCCACCGGUAAUACAAAUGCACCGACCAUUACAGUUGCCGAAAGAGCGGCCGAUCUAAUAAAAGGUCGACAACUAAGGCCACGUUCUCUUCCUAUCAAAGAUGAAUCAGCACUUUAUGAUUAUGUUCCAAUAGAAAAUUAAUCAAUUAAUUUUUCUCUCAAAAAUUGAUCUUUGUAAAUGUCCACAAUUAGUAAAUUAUUAUCCCUCAAAUUACACUCUAA